AGUUUUUUGUUCUAAUGUGGAUUGCUAUAUCAAUUUAUUUACUAUAUAUAGUUAAUCGUUAUUUUGGAACGGAAACAGGUCAUGGGAAAGGGAUUCAACAUUUAAUUUGUGCUAUUGUUAACAAAAAAAAAUGAUGAUAAUUAAAAUAACCCGUGGUUUGGAUGAGUUGGCCACGCAAGCCCAACAGCUAAUUUUCGUUGCACUUCGUUUCCUCUUCCUGUAUAACUUUUAUAACCUGAUUGCAUUUUCACAAUAUUCAAUUUCACUUCUUCCCUUGUGUUUUCAUCUUCUUAGGUGUCUAUUCAAUUUCCUCAGAAUUUCCGGUUUUGUUGAAUAUCACAAAGCUUCAAUCUCAUGGCCUCGUACGAUGAGAAACAAGGAAAGCCUUUACCCAAGUUUGGGGAAUGGGAUGUGAAUGAUCCUGCGUCAGCUGAAGGAUUCACUGUUAUAUUCAACAAGGCCAGAGAUGAAAAGAAAAUUGCCUCAGCAUCAGGACGAUUCCCUUCUCAGCGAAGAUAUGAUUCUCGAAAGCACAAGGAUCAACAAAAGUGCAAGAGUUCCUCCUCCACCUCAAAGAAAAAAUGGUUUUGUUUUGGCCCUUAGACAUGGAUAAGGACGUGUUUUUUGAUGCCACAACUAAUAUUGAUUCUAUAUCUUUAUAUGUCACUUAAUUUCUUCCAAGGACGUACACACGUACGGCUGAAGCUUGAAGCAGUGCGAAAAGAAAAUAGUGCAGCCUGCUCAAGUCUUCGUUUUAGCUUCUAGUUGUUUCAUGUAUCGUGUUAAAUGCAACAUCCUAAAACUAAUGUAAAUAAAUGAAUCAAUGAGAGGCUUUUGUCAAUGUCAA